GCCGGCGGGGCGCGCGCGCGCAGAAGCAGGCAGGCGCGGGCGUGGGGAGCCGGGGGCAGCGCAGCGUCCAGUGUCUGGCCGUGCGACGUCGCGACCACAGCCCAGCGCAGCCGCACACAGCUCCCGUGUAGCCUUAGCCGACGCCCGCGACAUGUUCUGGAUCCUGCGGCGGACGCGCCUCGCCGGCGCCGCCGCCUUCUUCAACGCCAUCAACAACAACAGCAGCAGCAGCGGCGGGGGCGCCAGCGGCUCGGGCAGCAGCGGCCUCAGCAACAGCAACAACAAUCACCCCGGUAACGGCGCCAAACAGGGCUACGACCGGCUGCCGGCAGACGAGGGUCACUUGACCGCCGCGUCAUCCGACAGCGGCUCCGACGUGUCUGAAGACAGCGACUACGACGAACUGGCGUGCAACGUGUGCGACCGCACCUUCUGCAACGCCCGCCAGCUGGCCCACCACCAGGAGAAGAAGCGCCACUUCGCGUGCUCCUCGUGCGACAGCCUCUUCCCCUCGCUGGAGGCGCUGCACCACCACCGGCAGCAGUUCCAGCACUGGACCAACCACAGCCCCAUGGAGCCCUCCUGCUCCAGCUCCAGCUCUGCGGACGAGACGUCUGACGACACCGUGUCCAGCGAGGAGCUGGAGCGCCUGCUAUGAUCCUCGCCCUCCGCCCCCACACAGUCCACCCCUCCUCGCCCCCUCUCCCCCAACCCUCACAGCCCCAGCACCGCCGCCACAUAUCACACACCUCUGUGAAUCGUACGUGUCUCUUCCUUCUGUCUCCCUGUGCAUCUCACUCUGUCUGUCCAGCGUCCCCGUCAUCGAAACUGGAGACUGCACUCGAUGGAAGGAAAAGAAAGAUGAAGGGUUACCUAAAUGGGGCCCUCUUCGGUAGGAAGUUGUGGAAUUCUUCGCGAACUAAUAGCGAGACGGAUGUCCAUUUGCCACCAACUUACGAGCAAUCGUAUGUCAACUGCGACCCUGUCAAUGCUGUUGGCACCCGAAAUGCGGCACGACUAAUAGUUUGUGAAAUAUUUCACCGCCGGCCAGGCCAGUGUGUUUUAAGUUUCCAUCAGUCCUGCAGCGAUAUGGUCUUUUUUACUGCAUGUAUCUGUGGUAUUAUUUUUAAAAUCUAUGUCGGUUACCAACCACAACGAUAAUUGCAGACAUUUGUACCUUGUAAAAUAUAUAUAUUUAUAGUUAUGUGAUCUGUAAAUUAUUAUUGUAUAGUAAUCUAUAUAUCAAAGAUGUUUCAUGUGACGAAAUAAAAGACGAAGGAAGUGAAAAUACUUUGAAACUCUAGUGUUUAGUGGGUACGAUGUGACUAUCCUUUUCGGUUCCCCGGAAACUAUCCAAAACUGUCAAAUGCAAAAAGGCAUUUGCUCUGAUUU